AGAGUGGACAGGAGGGAGGAGGAGCCGCAGGGCUUGGGCCCAGGGGGCUGCAGCCAGGCACCGCCCGCCAUUAUUGGGGCCGAGGAUGAGGAUUUUGAGAACGACUUAAAGCAGACCCCAGAUGACCAGAGCAGCCUCUUCGGGAGCCUGGAGCUGCUGCGCACGCACCCAGCCUAUCUCAUGGCUUUUCUGCUGCAUGCCGUGCUCCAGUUCGACCCCAGCCCCGUGCUCUGCUUCCUCCACGCAGAGCUGCUGCGCAGCCUUGGCGCCAAAGAGGCGAAGAAGCAGUUUGUGGAUUUCUAUCACAGCUUCAUCGACAAGGCCGGGCUCCUGCGGGUCCCCAUCCCGGAACAGGUGCAGUUUGAGCUCGACCGGAUCCGGCCAGAACUGCUGCCCGAUGACAUUCAACGCCAGUUCCUGACAGAAAUCCAGUUUGCCCAGGAGCCCGAGAUCACCCGGCAGCUCGAAGUCUUCAGGUCAAAUCGGCAAAUGGGCAUGACCCCUGGAGCAGCUGAGCUGGGGGAGCUGGAGUCAUAUCAGACCCGGGACAAGAGCAUCCGGGAGGCUAAAGAGAAGCAGCUGGCAGAGACGCUGCUAGCGCGGCUGGAGGACAUGCAAUCCACAAUCUCCACGGACGAGGAGCGCAGCUUGGCCAUCUUCGCCUCCAUUGCCGCCUACAUGAAGCAUCUGGGAGUGAAGACCCGCACUGGUGACAGCAAGAAAUCCAAGGGGCACUUCUUCCGCAAGAAGAUUUCGGGCAACCGGAAGUUGGAGGAGCCACCGCGGCGCCGGGGCUUUGGGAUCCUGGAUGCAGCAGCAGCACGCUGGGCCCGAGACACCCCCAACCCCGACCCCAGGCCCAGCAAAGGCCCCGAGGGUGAAGGUACGCCCACUCCCCCCGCACCCCAUUCCUCCGUGUCCCCCCACCCAUUGCCAUGUCCCUGUGUCCUGGCGCCGCCAUGUCCGUGCGCAUCCCAUGUCCCUUGCGUGUCCCAUGCACGGCAUAGGCUGCCGGGACGGCUGGGCCGUUCGGAGAGCCUGCGGGCAGUGGAGCGGCGCCGGUCCCAACGUGGCUCAGCCAAGGGGAAGCCACCACGCUCCCGCAGCGACGUGGACCUGGACGCGGCUGCCCGCGCCGGUGCCCUCGCGGCCCCCCCGGGCCCCCCCGGCCGCUGCGUCCUGGAGCCGGGGGAGCCACCGCCCUUUCUGUCUGUGCAGCCUGAGGAGGGUGCUGAGCCGCGCCCUGCGCCAGGGCCAGAGCUGCCUGAACCGGAGCCGCCGGGCACCUGGCGCCAACUCGUGGCCCCUGACGCCCUCCUCCGGCUGCAGCCCACCGAGGUCAAGCGCCAGGAGGUCAUCAACGAGUUGUUCAUGACGGAGUUUGCACACGUGCGGAUGCUGCGGGUCCUGCUGGAGGUUUUCUACCAGCCACUGCUUGCUGACAGCUUCCUUGCAGAGGAUGAGCUUGUUGCCAUGUUUCCCGGCCUGGAGGACCUGCUCGAGGUGCACGGUCUUUUCCUUGAGAGCCUGCGGGAACUGCGGGACGACAACAACUACGUCGUCCCUGAGAUUGGGGAUGUGCUCCUGGCCCGGUUCGAGGGCACGGAGGGUGGCUGGUUCGAGAAGAUCUCAGCACGGUUCUGCAGCUGCCAGUCCCACACCCUGAAGCAGCUCAAGGCCAAGCAACGCCGGGACCCACGCUUUGCACAGUUCAUCCAGGAGGCGGAGAGCCAGGCACGCUGCCGGCGGCUGCAGCUGAAGGACAUUGUACCCAUUGAGAUGCAACGACUCACCAAGUACCCGCUGCUGCUGCAGAACAUCGCCAAGUACACUGAGGCACCGGAGGAGCGGGCACGGGUGGAGCAUGCAGCUGAGUGCUGCCGUCACAUCCUGCACCGCGUCAACCAGGAGGUGCGCGACAUGGAGAACUUCAUGAAGAUGAAGGACUACCAGGGCCGCCUGGACCUGUCCUACAUGAAGCAGAGCUCAGACCCACUGCUCAGCGACUUCAAGGUGUCCGACAUUACCAAGCGGCACCUGGUGCACGAGGGGUUGCUGACGUGGCGUGUCUCCAAGGACAAGGCUGUGGAGGUGCAGGCGCUGCUGCUGGACGAUCUGCUGGUGCUGCUGCAGCGGCAGGAGGAGCGCCUGGUGCUGCGCUGCCAGAGCCGCCCGGUCAGCGCCCCCGACACCGCCAAGCUCAGCCUCAGCCCCAUCGUGCGCCUCAGCUCCGCCAUCACGCGCCAGGUAGCCACAGACCGCAAGGCCUUUUACGUCAUCAGCAGCUGUGAGAAGGCACCACAGAUCUACGAGCUGGUGGCACAGACGGUGUCGGAGAUGAAGAGCUGGUGCUCACUGAUCGACAAGACGGCCGGGAGCAUCAAACUGCCCGAGUCCACUUCGGUGAAACAGUCUCGGCCUGGACAGAACCCGCCCAGCCCCAGCUACUGCCGGGAGCCGCUGCUCAGCACCUCUGAGAAUGGGGCGUCACUGAAGGAGACAGACGGAGAGUAGCGCGACAAGGACAGGGCACUGGAGGGGGCUGAGUUUGAGGAGUGCAGCCCUGUGCCCCACCCCCACAACGAUGCCCCUGCCCUGGCCGCACUGCUGGCCCUGGCGCGGCCCCUGGGGGGUGCCGAAGGGGCGCUGGCGGCCACCGCACUGCAAAGGGGUAAGUGACCUCCCACCCCAUUUUCCCCCCCAGGACCCCCGCUCCGUCUCACCCCCCUGUGUCCCCCCAGUGGAUAGGGGGCUGGAAGCACCCAUCCUGAUCCUGUCUCCCUGGCAGGGGGGUCCCUGAAUGGCCCCCGGCCUCCGGCCCGGGGGGGCCGUGGCACCCCCCCACCGCUGCCCUCCCGCCUGGCUGCGCUGGCCCGGGACGAGCUGCAGCCCCUGGAGCUCACGCUGCAUGCGCUCAGGAACUUGGAGGAAGAGUUCUGGCUGCUCCAGGGGGCUCUGGCCAAGUGCGGCCCCCCCGCACCCGGCUUCACGUGAGGGCCCUGCAGGCCCCUGGAGCCGAUACCCCUCAGUUCCCCCCAGCUCUGCAUCUGGAUCGGGGCCAUGGGGGUCAGCCUUUUGCUGGAGACUUUUUAUAUAUAUAUAUCAGAGGUUUUAAUGGAGUUUUUAUGGGGGGGUGGGGGGGAGAUCUUGCUG